AUGCAUCUUUCCACCGGGUUUCUCGUUUUUCUCACUGCACUAAGCCACGUGGAUUCUUUGAAUGUUAACACUAAAUUGGUAUUAAUCUGGGGAUCUCCCAAUGACACCGAGAUUUCUGAAACGUAUUCUGGAAGUUGGGAUGAAUGUCUACAAAAGUGUUAUUAUGACGUCACUUGUGUGGUAAUAUUUCGAACCUCCGCCGGAUGCAAAAUUUAUAAAAUUGGAACUCCAUUUUCUGUUCAAAAAAUUAUUGGAGCUGGUGGCAAUAUUGUGGGCAUUAAGAGAACUCAGGAAGAUUGUUCUGAAACUUUUUCUAGACCAAUGUUUGGGCAAACGACUGUUACGGAAUCUUUUACAUCUGAAAAAAUAGUUUUUAACUACACAAUUUCCGAAAUUGAAAACGACGAUCUUAUUGAAUGGAAAUUUGAUUUUAAAUAUUUUGUUCAAUGCGAUGAAGAAUCCUUCGCAUCGAUUCGAGGAGAUAUUGCGGUUUGCAUUUCGAUCCGCACAUUUUUCGGACCAUUCUGCCAAAAUCGUGCUGCAGGACGAUUUUUUUUUUGUGUACAGAAGGAAACGGGCUUGUCAUUACAGGCGCCUAUGCGUACGCAGAAGGAUACACUAUUGGAUAUUAUCUAACAAAGAAAAGUAACUCCGCCCUUCCACCUACACGAUACUCUAAUAUGUACUUUUGGAUCGACGGAAUCCGCUCAUCAAGUGCCCAAUACAACAUGUCUGACCCAACUUUAAAUGGUAUUACAUGCUUUAAUUGGGGUCCAAACUCUCAGGAGGGAGUGCCCAAUGCGUCUGCACUUAUCGAAGGAACAUCUAUUGUCCGGUAUUGGGACUGUGAUGCCACUGAAAACGGAAACAGUUACUGCCUACGUGGCGCUGUGUGUAGGAUAAAACCCGUUUCACAUACUUGA